AGGACCAGUCACCCCUGCAGGAAUGUGCUCCCUCCCCAUGGCAAGAUACUACAUAAUUAAGGAUGCAGAUCAGAAGGCUCUGUGCAUAAGAGACAACCAGCUCCUGGUGGGAGAUCCUGACUCGGACAACUGCUGUGCAGAGAAGAUCUGUAUACUUCCCAACAGAGGCCUGGACCGCACCAAAGUUCCCAUCUUCCUGGGGAUCCAGGGAGGCAGUCGCUGCCUGGCAUGUGUGGAGACAGUGGAAGGGCCUUCCCUGAAGCUGGAGGAUGUGAACAUCGAGGACCUGUACAAGGGCGGUGAGCGGGCCACAGGCUUCACCUUCUUCCAGAGAAGCUUGGGCCCUGCCUUCAGGCUUGAGGCUGCUGCCUGGCCUGGCUGGUUUCUCUGUAGCCCAGCGGAGCCCCAGCAGCCAGUGCGACUCACUAAGGAGAUUGAACCCUCUGCCCGCACUGAGUUCUACUUCGAACAGAGUCGGUAGGGAGGCAGGGACUGUGCUCAGGGACUGUGGUAGGCAGAGUAAUGCCCCCAAAGAUGUCCAUAUCCCAGUCCCCAGAAUAUAGGGAUAUGUUACCUUAAAAGGCAAAAGGGACUUUGCAGGUG